CCCUCAUUUACUUGCCAACUCCGGCUGCGGAGAUUUUCUUAUUACAAAUUCGAAGGGACCCAAAAACGUUCCUCGGUAAUUGGAGCCAAAAACAAGCCACCUCCAUGGCAAUCAAGCACUUCGCCUCUUUAUCUCUGGUCAUUCUGGCAUUGGCCACAACCCUCCUCGCCGGACAGGCUGAGGCUCGCGGCGGCUUAGGAGGUAACCUUUGCAGAAGAGCCGACUAUCCGGUCAUUUGCCGAUCAGCAGUGAAGAGGCUGAGUAAUCCAUAUGCCGCCAUGUCCUCAGCCAUUAGGCAAUUGAUUGAUGAGACCAACAAGGCCAAGAGGUUGGCUGCCAAGCUUGGAAGUUCCGGCGCUGGGGAUGUUUGCAGGGAAAGCUAUUCGGAUGCCAUUGGUAACCUACAGACGUGCUCGGUUAACUUGAGAAGGCAUGACAAGUCUGGCUUGAGGAUUAACCUCUCGGCUGCACUGUCGGCUUUCGGAGACUGCGACGACGCAUUAUCAGAUUAUGGAAGAUCUCCACUGAGCAAAACCAACCAAGCCCUCAAUAAGAUGGCUAGCAAUGGCUUGUAUUUGGCAACUCUAAUUCACUAGACAAAAGCCACGGACGGAGACAUGGAUCUAGCUAGGCGCGUUUGGUCCUUUGAUAUCAUGAUUCAUGCUAAUAUAUGUACACUUAAUUUGAUGAUCGAGGAAUCUAUUUCAUGUGGUUUUUGGCUAUUUUAAUGAAUACAUAUAUUAUGCGGGUGAAGAUGUUUGUAUGGAGGAGUCAAAUGCUUAAUUCUCGUGAUUUUCAGAUCGAUCAUGCAUGAAAUGAUGCACAAACUUUCUAUUCCAACAAUUUGUUUAUGAUUCUAUCAUGAUCAUUUUAUUGAAUGCAGAUAAAAUUCUCUUUAAAGAAAAUUUUACCUGCAUGGGCAUCGGAGUCUGGUGAAUAUUCAUCUUAGCUUAAUGUUCGAUAGCAUUUGAAGGCAUAUAUAUAAUUUUUUAUU